UGAUAAGCAAAGCACUUGCAGUAGAUUUAUUAACCUACGUUCGAGGAACAAUGUAUAAAAGAGCGAGCAUACUGGAUGGAACGGGUUGUGAAGUGAAGUGUUUUGCGGAAACGUAUCAGUAAACUAAUACAUUGCAUCGGAUUGCAUUUGAAUGAUUGCUCUGUCGAGCGUUUUUAUAUCAAUUAUUGUGUGAAUAUAUGCAAAGUGUGAAACUUGAAUGUUUACAUAAAUAUAAUGCUGUUAUUGGAAUCGAAAACGUGAAUUUCUAAAUAUGUUUGCCAUGUGAUAUAGUGAAUAUUAAAGUAAAUGGUAUGGAGUUUUUACAAAGGGAUAUAUAAAUAUUUCAAUAUAACAUUAAGUGUGCUGUUUUUGGUUUAUUUUUACCAAACCACAUAACAUUAAUUUAACAAACUAUUUACGGAUGCAUGAAAAAGACUAACAAUUCAUUAUGACUUUGUCUAGAACGCGAACAUUUUAUUUUUAAUACGUACGGUACGUUUUCAAGACACUAUGGGGAGCAGAAGAAAGACAGAGUAUAACAUUGUGAUACUCGGGGCUCUGGGUGUCGGAAAAUCAGCUCUGACAGUGAAGUACAUGACUAAACGAUUUAUUAUGGAAUACGAUCCAUUUAUAGAAGAUAUUUACACGAAACAUGAAGGUGUUGAAAGCCAGGACUUCUUCGUCAACGUCAUGGACACGUUUGAGAAGGACGAUUCUAACUCUCAGCGUUAUUUCCGUUGGGCGGACGCGUACAUGAUUGUCUACAGCAUAACAGAUAGGACGAGUUUUGAGACGGCAAAAGAUUACACGUGCAAAGUAUCUGAUUAUUUGAAGAAUGCCAACAAGGAGUGUCCAAUUGCUUUAGUUGGGAACAAAUCUGAUUUAGAAAGAUACAGACAGGUCAGUAAGUCAGAUGGACAAACCUUAUGCACGGACCAUUGCGGACUAUUCUUUGAGUGCACAGCGGCAGAGGACUAUGAAUGUGUCGAGGACGUGUUCCACGGACUUGUGCAUGCAAUACAGAAAUCGCGUGGAGAUAGGAGUUUAGUUUAUUCGCCGCUCUUUAUAUCUGAGGACAGGGUACAUGCUGGGCAAAAGGCUAGACCGCGAUCUCCGAAAAACAGUACAGACAAGAAGGACGAUAUCAAACAAGCGAACAAGAAAAAUCCAUCCAGUUUUAAGCUUUUCAAUAAAAGUUUUAAAAUAUUUAACUAAGACGAAUUGUUUUUAGCAAUCAAUUGUCAUGCAACAUACGUCUGCUACAUUUCGAACGGAGUAAGAGACUUUAAAUGGGAACGCAUUUCUCACAAACAGUAAAUGCAAGCGUAAAAUUAAUGCAAAUCAUUAUGCUGAAUCAAUAAUAAACUAUGUGUUUUCUCUUUUUAUAAUUUAUUGUAUCGUCCAUUUUGUUAUAUGUACAUGUUUACAUUACAUUUACGUUACCUUUGUGUUAUUCUCUACACGUGCUUCGUUCAUAAGAAUGAAUGCCAUAAACUCAUAUCUCAUGCGUGUAUUACUGGGCUUUGAUAGUUAAAAGAACGAUUUUUUUGCCAUCUGGAUAAAGAAUGACCAUGUUGUGGCUAAUCGAUGUUGAUAAAAUUUGAUCAAAAUCUCAAAGUUG